CCGCUGUGAUCGAACAGCAGUCGAGAAACACACACGCCCGAGACACCUCCCGCGAGGUACCGAAGCUCUCUGCAAGGGAGCCGAGAAGAGUCUGAGGAGCUGGGUGCGGUUUGUUGAGAAGACGGCUGCUACGUGUUACCGUCACAGCACGAGCACAGCGUUUUUUACUGCACACGUAGCGUAUAAGUAGCAUGUCAACAGCAAUAGCAGCAGCGAGGCAGCAAAGGAAGCGGCCGCCACCGUCGGCUAGCGAGGAGGCAAUCCGCCUCAUGAAGCACAUGAAACCAGCCGAGCUGAGAAAAAUCAGCAAGGCUGCCAUGAUUCUGGAGAAGAGAAAGCUGGAGGACAACAAAAAGGUUGCAGCUUUCGUGGCGAAGAACGACGACUUUGUCGAGCUGGUGGGUGAUUGCUACAUCUGUUUGGAGCCCCUUCUGAACAACAUCGGCACAACCAAGUUCGGAGUGGUCAGCUGGAGAUGUCGCUGCACCGUACCUCAGAAGGCGCACUCGGCGUGCGUGUUCUCCAAAAUUUGCCACGUGACCAACUCGCAGGGUACAUGUGACAUGUGCAACUCCCCGAUGAUGUUCGAGAAGACCAGACGGAAGGGUACCCAGGCCACAAUACGAUUUCACCGGGAUGAGGAGCGGGCGGAUGACGCCGACCCAAGCAGUGACAGCGAAGCUGAGGGGGAAAGCAGCGGCAGUGAGAGCCUUUCCGACGUUAGCAACGAGGACAGCAACAGCAGUCUCAGCGGCAGCGGUCUCAGCAACAGCGAAAGCUCGAGCGGGUCUGAUAGCGACGACGGGGACGACGGCUAGUUAGAUCGAUUACAUUGACGCAGGAAACAUUUUGUUUUGGAUAUGUCUCCAAGGAGCAAGAAGCCAUUGCGCCUAAGUGCAGGCGUCGUUUGGUGUGGAGGAUGGUCGAAGAUGCAACUAUGAUGUUGCCGAGAUGGGGAAGCGCCGUCGACACUUCCAGCAUGUAAAUCUAGACUAAGCCGAUACAGUGGGAAAAUUCUUGUGUAUUGGUGCACUCUACAAAUUUUGAUUUGGGUCAUUCGUAUGCUUGUAGAUGGAAAGGCAUAAAGAUUAAGUAUUUAGAGAGCCGGUCAAGGAGAAUGGAGAUUACCAACGACUGGUUGCCCGGAAGUAGCGACCCGUUACCCUUUUUGCUCCCCUCCGGUGUACCAUGCAUGACAAGGAGUAAUGAACGGGGUCGAGACCAGCUUAGUUGAGUCCGAACACCGAGGAUGCGCCCAAGAUGGUUGGCGAGAUCGAACAAGGAGGGUGCAAAGAAGAGGGCGUGAGACACCCGCGGUUUCUUCUUUUGUGAUACUCAGUUUUGACGGUGGGGUUUUGACGGUGGGUGGGGGGACGUGACAGCGCCCAACGAUGAGGGCGAGUUGUGGGAGGAUAUCUUUGGGCGAUGCACAGGCGAUGGUGUUUAUUAGCUUCGCCGUGCAGCGCUUUGACUUACCGGUGGGGAGGAGUACGUUCAGUUCAGAAACAGGCUGUUUUGUGGUUGACGUUGACGUCGACAAGCAAGCGUUGCUGCUCGAGGUGGAGUGUUCACAGUAGUAGUAGGUGUUGUUUUCGUGUUUUUUCUUCGUCGGUGUGGCAGCUGUUCUUGGUGGCACGUCCGGGAUCACGUUGUAGCGGGUCGGGGGUGGGUGGGACGGUUUCCAACAAUGUAUGUACACCGGUGGUAUGUACACCGGUGUUCCAUAGACAACAACAGCAGUCGCGCUGUUGUGGUGCUGUUUUUUGCGACUGUGUAAAAACCAAUUGUUGACCCCUCUGAUGGUGUGGUGGUGGUACAUAUCCGUGAAAAGACUUCAGCGGCACCGCCAAAGGGAGCAGUAUUUCAAUGCUCAUCUAGAUGGUUGGUUAUGGAUAACCAAGAUAAUACAAUGGCAGAGAUGAUG